AUGACUCCUGGGCUGCCGAGUGCGGCAGCCACGUUGAAGGCCUGGCCACAUGUCGCUGCCGGAAUUUGCGUCUGGGAUACCGUCUCCCCAAGCUCAUCGUCAUUGAUUGCGCACGAUGGAGCGGAUGCAUCCAGCGCCACAAUGCCUGCGGAGUACUGCGCGCUCGCUUGGGCUGCAUCUCAGCAACGCAUCUUCUGUGGCACAAAGGCCGGAGAGCUGCGCGUGUUUGAUCUCCGCAUGCGACGGCUCUCACAUCGUUUCGAGGCUCACAGUGAUCCCGUGCAGCACUGCUUCGUUCUCCAGAAGACUGGGCAGCUGGCAACACUAAGCUCGGCUGCGGAACUGAAGCUGUGGAGCUUGAAGAAUCUGGAACUGCUGGACACGAUGGCGCUACACAGCUCCGGUCGAGGAGUUUCGGUCCUCGGGCCCAAGCUGAGUUGCGCCGCGCUCCUCUCGGAGCGCCACUUGGUCACCUCCGGCCAGGCGGGAAUGAAUAAGAACGUGGGAAUUAGUGUCUGCUCGUACGUGCCGCCCCAUUGGCUGAUCUUCAUCUUUGGCAUUGCGUUCAGCCCGAGUCAGCUGCUGCUGACCUACUCUGCACCCGAUGUUGAAGCUGGUGCUUUUGCCGCAGAUCAGCUCGGAGCAACGCUUCGGCUGUCCUCGCCACCCCUCUGCGCGCUGGCGGCAGCCUCGGGAUCCUUCACCAGCUGUGCCCUGACCGAUGAGCGAUCGCUCACCCUGGACCUUGCAGAAGCACCUUCCAACGCCACAAACUGGAUCGAGUUGCGAGCCGACAACCUGGCACCACCGGCCAUUCGCAGCUGCGAAGCCCGGGCUGCUUUGGGUGGCAGCUUCUUCGUGAAGAUUGGCGGAAGCCUGAAUGAGUCUACUGCAGAUGCCGACAGCAAUCUGGACACGAAUGUGGACAAAUGCUGCCGCAAGGACGCUGGCACUUGCCACACCUUCCCUACAUUGGAAGUGUGUGAAGUGGAGAAGUGGGCGGUUGAGUGCCACAGCUGCGAGGUGAACAGCAACCCGUUGGGCUGUCCGCCCUUUCCAUCCCAAGUGGACGGCUACGUUAUGCAUGCAGAUGAUGGCCUGUGCGACCUCUUCAAGCUCCACUGUGUCAUCGGUGUCCGAGUGCGCAACUGGAUGGCAUGGUCUUCUUUCGCAUUUUCUCCCAGCGGCGCGAUGCGGGACAACAGCGGGCUGCCGGGGCUUCAACAUUGCUUCCGGGAGCUGUUCGCUGGCGAUGCUGUGCCACAGACUGACACCUUCAGCUAUGCGCCUGUUGGCUGUGGAGAGCGUCCCUGGCAAUUCUCCUUGGUGCUGCACUGGCAAACUUCCGGAGGUUCACCUGCCCUGCACGAUUUCGGUGCGCAGGAUGUUUCGGGACCAGGACGCCUUCCUCUGGUACCACAGACUCCUUCUGGCCGGCCGGGAUCUAUCAGCAGCUUCACCGCUGCCAUCACCCCGGAUGUCGGGUUGACACCAACAGGCUCCUCUGUCACGCUUGAGCUUGACUUCCAGUCUGCCGGAUUUGCCCUCGGAGAUGUAUUGACCUUGACUCCACUUCCGUUGGCACCUUUCGACUUCGAUGUGACAGCCGACGCGUCCAUUGUAUCAGUUGCGGGAGCCUCCACACAGCUGAUCUACACAAACCUUCCGGGCAGUAUGGACUGCAUCUGGCUCCGUGUGGGAGGCUUUCGAGUAAAUGGUGUCGAAUGCACUGCGACAGCAGACUCCUCCAGCUCAUCGGGACAGCAGACAUUCAGCCUCAGCCUUAGACUCCCAACACCGAGCUACGGAUUGUCAGCGGACUGGGCGUUGGCGCAUGAGGCUUCUGCAGGAGGAACCCUCCUUGUGGCCUCGGACGUUCUGGCCGUGAAACCGAUGGCGAGCCUCAGGCAGCUCCGCGCCACGGUGCAGGCAGCCAGCACGCAGACAACCCUGGAGUUGGCCAUUCAGUUGGGCCUGUGGGCUGGACAGGUGGACGUGUUCAUCACAGCUCCAUCUCUGGCGCUUCGCGACGUGUCCAGCUGCACAGCGGCACCUGGCAGUCCCUUGCUGGCAGUGGAGGUUGCUGUUUGGGAGGGCAAAGGCUGCCGCCUUAGCCAGGUCAGCAAUCCGGAUCCUCUGGCGGUAUUGCGCCUGAGACUGGAUGCCGAAAAUCGUGGCGCGGUGCCAGACACAAGAGACGUGGUGACCAUGAUGAUGAACUGGGCUUCACGGACCGACUUCGUGGCAGCCGCAGAAGCGUACUCCAUCGUUCCCGAGUUUGGCGGAGAGCUUGCAAGCCCUGCUGCCGGUGCUGUGCUGGCCUUUUCAGUCCGUGGUUCGGUCGGUCCGUUGACCAUCCAUUUUCCCACGGCCGUGGAUUCUGGGUACCAUGAAUGCGCUGCGCUGAGUUUCUUUCAGUCUGCUGCCUCAAGCCCGCUGCCAAGGUGUCUCACUUUUCCUCACACAUGA